CUAGAAUCUCCCUGGAAAAAGACAUGAAUGUCUGCAAUCAUAUUUCCUGACAAGAAGUUGAUAUUAAAGAGGGAAAGGAAAUAACAACUAGUGAGCAGAAUUUCGAGCAACCAGGAUUUUGUAAUUGUCACUUCCAACUACAGACUUCUGUUGCCUACUUUUAAAAUCAGAGAUAAUAUCAACAUUCAAUCCAGACAAAGAAAAGGAUUCUUUUCUUCUGUAUUUUUUUGAGAUCAAAGAUACUGCAAUGUCUAGGAAACAAAGUCAGAAGGAUUCAUCAGGAUUCAUUUUUGAUUUGCAGUCCAACACUGUGCUGGCCCAGGGAGGAGCUUUUGAGAACAUGAAAGAGAAGAUAAAUGCAGUGCGUGCAAUAGUUCCUAAUAAGAGCAACAAUGAGAUCAUCCUGGUCUUGCAGCACUUUGAUAAUUGUGUGGACAAAACAGUGCAGGCAUUCAUGGAAGGUAGUGCCAGUGAAGUACUCAAAGAAUGGACAGUAACAGGCAAGAAAAAGAACAAAAAGAAGAAAAGCAAACCAAAACCUGCAGCAGAAGCAAGUAACAAUAUCUCAGAUUCCAGUAAAUUGGCUUCCAUUCAAGAGGAACAGUCUGCACCUUCCUCAGACAAAGGUGGUAUUAAUGGUUACCAUGUCAACGGUGCCAUCAAUGAUACUGAAUCUGUGGACUCACUCAGUGAAGGUUUGGAGACACUUUCAGUAGAUGCCAGAGAAAUGGAGGAUCCUGAGUCUGUCACACCAGAUAUCCAGAUGCUGGGUAGAACAGGAUCCAUGCUGGAGAAUGGGGUCUCACAUUUUGAGCCUAAGUCUUUAGCUAUGCACUCUACUCAGAAUUCUCAACAAUCCAGGAAUGCUGCCAAAUCCCUCUCAAAAUAUACCACAGGACUUCAGUUUUCAAAUCUGGGGAUGGAAGAUAUUCCACUCUCCUCCACUAACAAAAAACUAGGUUCCAAUAUUGAAAAAUCUGUGAAAGAUCUCCAGCGCUGCACAGUGUCUCUUGCACGGUAUCGAGUUGUAGUUAAAGAAGAAAUGGAUGCUUCCAUUAAGAAAAUGAAACAAACUUUUGCUGAAUUGCAGAGCUGCUUAAUGGACCGGGAGGUGGCAUUGCUUGCUGAAAUGGACAAAGUUAAAGCUGAAGCAAUGGAAAUUUUGCUCAGCCGACAAAAGAAAGCUGAACUUCUAAGGAAGAUGACUGAUGUGGCUGUUCGAAUGUCAGAAGAGCAAUUGGUUGAGCUCAGAGCUGAUAUAAAGCAUUUCGUUAGUGAACGUAAAUACGAUGAGGAUCUGGGACGAGUAGCUCGGUUCACCUGUGAUGUAGAAACCCUAAAGAAGAGCAUUGAUUCAUUUGGACAAGUGUCACAUCCAAAGAACAGUUACUCAACCAGGUCCCGAUGUAGCUCCGUUACAUCUGUGUCUUUGAAUAGCCCGAGCGAUGCCUCUGCUGCUUCCUCUUCCACCUGUGCCUCGGUUCCCAGCCUUACAAGUGCUAAUAAGAAAAACUCUGCUCCAGGAGACACUCCUGUAGCCAUAACCAACUCCAGUAGCCGGCCCUACCAGCCUCAUCGGGAGGUAUUGACUGGGAACAGACGAGGAGGACAAGGCUACAGGCCACAAGGCCAAAAGUCCAACGAUCCCACGAACCAAGGGCGACAUGACGGUGUGGGUCGUUACAGAAAUAGUUCAUGGUAUUCAUCUGGUUCCAGGUAUCAGAAUGCUCCACCCCAGGCACCAGGAAACACAAGUGAAUGGAGUCAGGCUCACUCUCCAGGGACCAAUGGAAUUGGAGCCAGCAUGGAGCCCAGCCUGCCCAGGCCUGCCUUCAAAAAGGGGCUCCCCCAGCGCAAACCCAGGACCUCUCAGGCUGAAGCUGUGAACUCUUGAGGAAAAUCCCAGGUGGCUUCUCUCCUUGAUCCCACAAUUCAACUUGGUAACUGGACUUUAGGAAACUUAUAGUUAGAUUUAAUAACAAAAAGAAGUUUACGUAUAUCACUUUUUGUGCCAUUCU